AUGUUACUCUGCGUUGUCCAGGUUCUAACAAGGAUGGCAACUUCUUCUACUGGAGACUCUCAAUACUCUCUUAUUAUCAAGGAUAUCAUUAAAGAGGAUGAAGCAACAUAUUUCUGUCAAAGUGGGACUGCUUAUUUUCAGAGAUUUUCUACGGGAAUAUACUUGGCCGUAAACGAUGGCAAAAGUCAAACACUGACUCAUGUCAGACAAACUCCAGAAACGACAUCAGUCCAGGAGGGGGACACAGUUAAUCUCCACUGUUCUCUUCUCUCCAGCAGUAGAGACAACACCAGUCAUAAUCUAUCUGAUUACAAUGUGUACUGGUUCAGAGCUGGAUUUGGAGAAUCACAUCUAAAUUUUAUUUACACCCAGAAGAACAGGAGUAGUAAUAGAAGCUGUGUCUCCCAGCUGUCCAAAACUAUACAGGACUCCUCAGAUACUGGGAUAUAUUACUGUGCUGUGGUCACAUGUGGAAAGAUCUUGUUUGGAGAAGGAACUAAAGUAGAGAUGAGUUCACAAUUCAAUCCAGCUGUUCUUGUACUUAGUGUGCUGUUGGCGUGCUGUGUGACGCUAAUUAUUUCUCUUAUUGUCUACAUAAAACAAAAAGUUUUUGGACAUUUGGAAGGGGCAAAUACAGGUCUGUCUGGACGACAGAAGACAUUGGGAAACCAACCAAGUGACACAGGCGCUCGUGGAGAUGAAGUCAAUUAUGUAGCUCUUAAUUUCUCUACAAGGAAGACAAAAGGUGUAAAGAAGAGAACAGAAUCACCACCAGAAUGUGUGUACUCAGCUGUGAGAGGAGGUCAUCCCACACUGCAUGAAAUGUCUUAGAGCAGGACUUGUGUGUGUAGAGUUUGGAGACAACAUGCUUGCAUGACUGACAACAAAUUAACAUUGUGUAUUUGUUGGUUUUGCAGCUCUGCAAAUUUUACUACUAAAAUGUUUUAAACCAUGCUUUUUUCAAACUUCUUCUCAUAGAAUUGGAUGAUGGUAUAAAAAGUAACUGUGUAUAAAAAUUGUUCACAAUAAAGAUUUCACAUUGUUCAAU